ACCGCGCACAUUUACACUUGCUUCUUCUUCUUCGCCGGACCGGACUGAUUCGAUCACCGGUAGCCAUAGCUACAGCUAGCUAGGUAGCUUCUAGCUACUCCAGUUGAUCCGUACGAGCUAGUGUUUGUCUACGACGACGAUCGGGCUCAUGGCGCAACGGGAGGUCGUCGUCGCCGCCUUCUUCGUCGUCUUCUUCCACCUGGUGUCUGCUGUUGCCGGCCAGUCCGUUUCUGCUGCGCUGCUCCCGAUGCGGAUGGGGAACCGGUACGUCGUCGGCGACGCCAACGGGUGGAAGGUGCCGCCGCCGGCGAGCGCGGAGAUGUACGCCAAGUGGGCCGCCGGCAUCCGCUUCUACGUCGGCGACUCCAUUGAAUUCGUGUACAAGAAUGACUCGGUCGUGAAGGUGGACAAGUUCGGGUACUACCACUGCAACGUGACGGCGGCGGCGGCGAAUGACGGCAGCGUCCUCUUCCUCCUCGACGCGCCAGGCUUCGCCUACUACUCCAGCACCGACGCCGGCCACUGCAAGAAGGGCCAGCGCCUCGUGAUCAACGUCGAGGCCGCCCCUACGCCGGCGCCCGCGCCGGCAUCACCAAUCGCGACACCUCCUGCCGCCGCCGCCGCGGCGCCCACGCCGCCUCCGAAGCCGUCCCCGUCGCCGUCGCCUUCCCCUAGCCCGGCGCCGCAAGAAGCCGCAACGACGAGCGCCGCCGCAGCAGCAUCAUCGUCGUCGUCGGCGGCGGCUCGCGCCUUGCUCCUGGCGGUGUCUGCCACGGCGCUGGCCAUGAUGGGUUUGGUUCUCGGCGAAUGGUAGUAACAUAGUUACAUUAAUUAGGGCAGGUCUUAAUUAGCACGGUUAAUUUAAUUUAGUUAAUUUCGGUGUGUGUGUGUGUGGUAUGGCUCGUGUUGGAGCUUACCAUAGCUGAAAUGAAUAAUUUCGAUGUGAAUUAGACAGUUAGUUAAUUUAGUUGGUUGUCGCUUCAGAAUCAGACAAGGAAAAAAAUCGCUGCGUUUCUGGCAAGUUAAGGCGUUCAUUUUUUA